CAAGUUUUCCAUUUCUUCCGAUCUGCGCACGGCCAUGUACAGAAAACAACAACGGAACGAACAGCCGUCGCCCUGCUAUAUCCCACAGACCCAGGACGGCCUUAACAAUGUCAGCGAUCUAAUAAGCAAGUUCGAGGUACGCAACUAUCCUAUAAAUAGAGGACUGCUGCCAGAACUAUCGGCUUCUUCGCCCCGGCCGGGAUUCAUCGUCCCGGGUACGGCAACCUACGAAGCGUCCUACCGACCAUACGGUGGAUCGCCACGAACCGUGUACCAUUGUUCGCCGACUCAUUCUCCGCCCCUGGGACAAACGGGUCGUCGAGCGUACGAAUCGCAUCACAACGAUACAGCCUCUCUUAGUGACGGAGCGGAUAGUGUACGCCCAGGCAGGAUGGACGAACGUCGGUAUCGGCAGCGCCAUCCCGGUGGAAUUUACUAUCAAAAUGGCUCGCUAUCUUCGUUGAACGAGUCCGAUUACUACGAUGAAACGUACGAUAUUGGCAUGCCACGCACGCCACCCACCGGUGGACGAUACUAUCAACCUCAUCCGCAGCAACGUUACGGUGACAGUGCGCUCCUCGAGGAGGUGGAAGAAGCGCCAUUAAACAAGGAACAGGUUGCCAGCUCGCUGACACGCUUCGGUGCCAUACUGCAGAUGCUGUCCCGGAUUCCGUUCCCCCGGAUGUCGGUCACCGGCAUGGGGCUUUGCUCGCUCGUCGCCAUCUUUUUCUGUCCGCGUGCGAUCGGUUCGAAUAUAUUGUUUCCCGGUUUCAGACUACUGUUCGGCACGCUGUACCCGGCUUACGCCUCGUACAAGGCGGUGCGAACCAAGAACGUCAAGGAGUAUGUCAAAUGGAUGAUGUACUGGAUUGUGUUUGCCUUUUUCACCUUCAUCGAAACGUUCACCGACAUACUGCUGUCCUGGUUCCCGUUCUAUUACGAAAUUAAGGUGAUCGUAGUCCUGUGGCUGCUGUCACCAGCUACCCGUGGAAGCUCGACACUUUACCGCAAGUUUGUGCACCCGAUGUUGACACGCCGGGAGCAGGAAAUCGACGACUACAUCAAUCAAGCCAAAGAGAAGGGUUACACCGCCGUGCUGCAGCUCGGCUCGAAGGGUGUAAACUAUGCCACCAACGUUAUCAUGCAGACGGCUAUCAAGGGCGGUGGCGGACUGGUGCAAACACUGCGCAAAAGCUAUAGCUUGAGUGAUCUCUCCGAGCCGGACACCCAGCGGACGCAGGAUGAGGUUGACGAGAUUGUCAACCGGCCGCAGCGCGUGUUACGAUCGAAGAGUUCCCGGUCGUCGUCCGGUAGCCGCCAGAUGGAAAUGUACUUUCCCGAGGUGGAGAUUGCCGGUGCACCGUAUCAUGCCGCUGCAGCGCCACCGUACAACUACAUUCGUUCGUCCGAUGAUAUAAGUUCCGGUUACUCGAGCGCUGAACCUGGGCUGAGCCGAACGGCUUCGAUGAGCAACACGGCACGCCCGAGACUGAAAUCAAAAACGCGAGAGGAUGAUUACGGGGCCGAUAUGUUUUUCGAUGAGCAGAACCUCUACUAUGCUGGUGGUCCUGGCGGCAAUCCUGGCGGCAGCAAUGGUUCGGUCGAUUCACUUCCACAGCGAGCUACGAUCUACGAAGUGCAUACAGGUAGUGUUAGCUCACUACCAGCAAUUACCCAGGCGGGACAUGCAGUGGAACUAUCGUCGGCAUUCGGUGCACCAAUCUAUUCCAGCGCUACACAGUCCAAGGAACGCAUUGGUGGAGGUGUACCGAGUGAGAUGAACGAUAAAUACAAACUGUUCCUAGCAUGGAUGGAGGAGCAACAAAAGCGUGAGACGAUGGGAAUGGAACACGAAACCACAAAAGAGCAGGAAGUAGAAAGUGAACACGAUAUUGAACGACCUUCCAAGGAACAGCAAGACGUUGCUUCUGUGAAGCAAGAAGAACAGACAAGGGUUACCAAUGGCCUAAACCCGACAACAUCGGAAGAAACUAUGACUGAAAUGGAACCAGUGCAAGAUGAUGUAUCAACUUUGGAAGAUACCUUUCUGGAUACGAUAUCCGUAUCCUCAAACGAAAAUGAUGAGUUUUUAGAGGUGGAAAACAUAACAGAAACGGCGAUAGAAUUGAAUGAACCUGCAGCUACCUCCUCUACAAACGAUCACUCCGAAAAGCAAACGAAUAAUGCAGUUGAAAUUGAAAAGCUUGUGGAAGAAAAUCUAAAUACACCAGAAAUAGUUGUGAAGGUCGAUGAAGUAGCAGUAAAUGGAGCGUCCUGCGUCCAGUUGGCAGAUGUGGAAAUGCAAUCACAAUCUGUGCAAGAAACGGUUGAAAUACCUUCCGUGAUUGAAGAGAAGGAACCACUAAACCCGACAGUUUGUGAGGGAGAAACAUCCAACAACAAGGAUGUAAUAAUGCUCCCGGAGUCAUCUAACCUACUGCUGACUGCAUCAUCCAACUCCAACCUAACCUCCUCCAGUUCGUCUCUUGCCGUGUCCGAGGGUAGCACAGGUAGCGUUAUCAAUCUCGCUACCGAUGGUACAUCGUCCGUGCAGGCAAAGAAACAUACGUCCUUUGGCAAACAACGCAAAGCACCGCCCGUUCCACCAACACCGGAAAUGAUCGUUGUUCGAGCGCCUGCCAAGGUUUCUCCUGCUGCAACUCCAUCGAAACUUCCGCCACCAAUCGAAAGAAGGUCUGUGACUGCGGUCUCUCGUACACCGACUACCACCACAGCAACAGCAACCCCUUCUUUGUCGCCCGGGUCGGAAAAAUCUAAACCGAAAAAGUUCAUGAGCUCCCUGACCGGCAUGUUUAAGGGACACGGAGAAGCAUCAGGAACGGCGAGCCGUUCGAACGAAUCGGCACCGCAUUCGGCUGCUACGGGACAUCCAAAAGAGACCGAAAUUUAA